AGAGAGAGAGAGAGAGAGAGUCUCAGGAAUAAGCGAAGAAUGGAUGGACAAGAUUCUGAAGAUCCAAAGCAAAGCACUGCUGAUAUGACAGUUUUUGUACAAAACCUUCUUCAACAGAUGCAAGGGAGGUUCCAGACAAUGUCUGAGUCCAUCGUGACAAAAGUUGAUGAAAUGGGAGCCCGGAUAAAUGAAUUGGAGCAGAGCAUCAAUGAUCUCAGAGCGGAGAUGGGAGCAGAGGGCUCUCCAUCCCCUUUGCCACCGUCAAAGAAGCCCGAUGAUGUCAAGCUAGAGGAAGGUUCCGCGUAGAGUUGGUGGAAUGUGUUGCAAUGCCCAUUGCCAGUUUAAUUUCAUGCUCACUUUUUUGGUUUACAAAUCUUUGUUGGAGAUUGAAUACUGAUUUUACAUGAGAUAUUGAAUCAGUGCGCUAGAAGUUUAUGUAUUAGAUUCUUCUUGCUUCCGUAUCCUGAGAUUGCAAAGUUACAAUUCAUGUUUGUCUGUUCGAUGUUACAACUGCCCUCAUAUGGUAAUUAGGAGACAUUUUAAUCUGUUGUGCAAAUUACUACAUUUGUUCA